CAAUUGAUUAAUUUUAGUAAAUAAAGAUCACUGACAAAGUAUCAAUAUUAUUUAGCAUAAAUAUAAAUGAGUACUCCAAUUGCUACAACUCUUUCAGAGCUAAUGCUUCGAAAGAUUAAAUAUUAGAGUAGCUUUGAAAGUCAAAGGCGUUUUAAUUAGAAUUAGUAAAGCAAAUAUAGCUAGAAGAACUCAUCAUCUUUUCUCCUAUCUAAACAAAAUAGCCAUUAAAGUUUUAAGCUAGCUCAUUAAAGAUCUUAAUCGCAUUAAAAUAUAACAAAGCCAUAAAUUGUUUUGAAGAAUGAAGAAGGAUAAGUUUUUAAAUAAAAUUUAUAGUAACAGGAUAAAUAUGGUUUAAAUGCUUCUUAAAACCAGGGAAAUAAAUCGAUUUUCAAAUAAUUAAGACAUCAUCAAAGAAAUCUUACUUAAGAUGGUAGCCACCGUGUUAUUUAAGAUGCUAUGAUUGAUAAUACUGUGUAAAAAGAAUUAGCAUUAAAGCAUGUUAAUCAUACAAAUUAGAACACAUCUUCUACAGCAAGUACAAUCAAUUAGCUCAGCUCAUCUAAAAAUAUUCAAUAAAACAAUUAUUUGGGCAUUUUAUCUCAGAGCGACAACCACAGCUUUGCUAAAAGUAUAUCAAAAUCUCAUCAAAGUAGUAAUAGGGAUUCAAGAUAAUUAAAUUAAGACUUAUAAUAAGAUUUAUAGAGUUUUUAAAUAAGAAACAAUUAAAAUGAAUACUAAAAUGGUUAAAAUUAGAAAAUUUAUUAAGACUUAAAAAAUAUAACCAACUCAAAUAACUUACAUUUAAACGAUCAAUCCAUCACAUAAUAUAAUAGAAAAUCUCGUAAGGAAUACAGACAAUUGAGUAGCAUCACAAACAACACAAAUAAAUCUACUGAAAAUAUCUUUGAAGACAGCGCUUCUCCAUUUAAAAGCUAAAAGAAUAAUCAUAAAAUGAAAUAUAUCAACAUUUCUUAAAGUUACCUCUAGCAGUAGUUUCAAAAUGCAAAAUUAAAUCACCACAAAUAUAACGAUACUUCUGCUUUUUAAAAUUCAACUAACACCUCAACUUUUCCAUUAAGUAAUAGUAAUAAGUAGAAUUAGCGAUCCUAAGCAUCAUUAACAUCCACAAAUUUCCUUCGUUUAAAUAAAUAAGAGUCUGAAAAUCAUAGAAUCUAAUAAAUAAAAGAAAAAUUGAAUCAAAUUAAUAUCCCUCAAUUUCUUAUUCCUCAGCUGCAUUGCAAUUAGAAUAGCAAUAAUUAAUUACCAAAAUCAUCUGCUAGCCUAAGAUCUAAUAUUAAAACAAAUAUUAAUUCAAUUAAUGUGUUAUAAGGAACAAGCUAAAUAAACUAAUUGCAAUAGUAACAAGAAGACUUAAACUUUGAAUAGAAAGAGUAAUAGCUUGAAAUGCUUUUGCUAACAAAUAAAAAAUUGAAUAAUAUUGAGCGCUUGUAACUAAAGAAGCAAAUUUAAGAUAUAUAAGUGCAAAAAGCGUAGCAAUUCGAAGAUUUUAUUUUUGAUAAAAUAAAAAAGGAUUUACAAACAUAUAAGGUUACUCAUCACUAUACUUGUGAGAAUUUAAUUGAAACACUCUUAGGAACUAUUAAGGAUUUAUCAAAUUUUAAAAAUCCUAAAAUUGUGAUAAAAUCAAUAGAAAGAAACUUCGGUCACCUUUAGCACCCACUUGAAUUUUUGUAAUUUGAUCAAGUUACUAACGUAAAAGAAAUAGAAACAUAAAUUUAUUUAAAAAAACUUGCUCUUGCUUGUUGUAAAGUAGAAGGAGAAGAAAUAUAAUUCAAACCCAAUAAGAAGUUACUAGAUGGAUUAUUAGAAAUAACUACAAAACUUGAAGAAAAGCUGCUCAUAUAUUAAAAAGACCAUUUUUCUGAAAUAACGAAUUAGCUUCUGUCUAAAAACGAUUAAAUAAGAAAAACAGAAUAGGAAUUAUAAGAAAAAUAUAUUCAAUUAGAUAGAAAGGCUUAAUACAAAGAACUAAGAGAAACUAUUGAUUCUAAAUAUAACUUAAAUAUGCGCCAUAUGGAAAGCAAAUUUAUCAAUUCAUACAAAAAAAAUAAAGACAAGCUUGGAAACUUCUCCAAUCUCUGUAAAAGGAGUAUAAAUAUUUUUAAAAAUAUCGAUGGAGUUGUUUUUAAACUCAAAGAAGUUAUCAAUUAGAUUAAUGUCAAUUGA